AUGGGAGGAGGCAAGGGCUACGGCGGCAAGAACCGCGCGCCGUGGCGGUUCCAAGGCCGCGCGCUGUACCAGCUCUGCCUCAUCAAGUCCUCGGACGCGCGAAAGCACGUCCCCGACGACUUGAAACUCGUCGAGGCGUUCGGGUACACCCUCGGCGGCGUCUACCUCGCGCGGUACGACGACUCCCCCGCGGGGACGUUCGACGAGCUCGUCGCGUUGGGCGGUUUGGUUUGGAACCCGCCGACGUCGUGCGCGUGGGCGGCGAAGGUGUUCGUGAACGACCACACCGCGCGCGCGCACGGCGUGAAGACGUGCGGGCUCCCGUCCGCGUUCGCGUCGUUCAAGGAGACGACGGCGGAGAAGACGCGGGGACGCGACGGCGGCGCGGGCGCGGGCGUCGACGCGCGCGGAUGGUGGAAGAACGACAGACCGACGAAGAAACGAUGGGGGCGGGUUCCGUUCCUCGCGCGCCGCGAGAAACGCGUCGCGGAGCGCGUGAAGCUCGUGGACGACGCGGGAGGCGAGCUGUGCUCGCUCGCGUUGCCCGCGGCGGCGCCGAAACUCGCGGGGCCGAGGAUAAACAUGUUUUUGCCGUCGUUCAGCGGCCGCACGCCGUCGUGCCCGGACCUUCUGAAGUACUCGCUGUGUUUGAGAGCGAACGUGCGUCUGAGCGACUGGAUCCGCGUCGGUGAUGUUGUCGCGGUCGAGGACGACGACGCGGCGAGCGACGCGGAGGUGAGCGAGAAGCGCGAGGAGAAGGCGGGGACCGGAGAGGGAGGACCCGGCGGGUUUUGGGCGCCGAGCGGAGAGAGACGAUUCCCGCCGCAGCUCGCGCUCGCUUCCGUGUCGCUGUCGGACGUCCCCGCGACCGCGGCCGCGGCGACGACGAUUGAGGAGGAUGAGAAGGGCGCGGCGUCGAAGUCGAAGUCGAAGACGGCGGCGCCGGGGAAAAGUGUCGCGGGGGACGAGACGCUCGCGGCGAUAUUAGGCGGAAAGCCGUUGUUGUGCAUCGCGUUCGACGACAUGACGAUGGACGUCGGUCACCCGGUGAAAGUGUAG